AUGGCUACCAUCCAUAUAACUUGCUUGGACGUAGACGAUUAUUCUCAUGAAGACGUACUUGAACUUGAUAUUAGAGAAACAGAGACUAUUGGUAAUCUCAGAGAAAUAAUCAAGAGCAGCAAACUUAGUUUUGAUAAUGCUAAAAGCUUCGAAGUUUUGAAAGUUAAUUCCUCUUACAAUGAGAUUAAUGAAAAACUGGCAUUUCUUGAAGAUAAUUCUUCCGUUAACAUCAAGAAGGUAUUGGGAGGAGAGGAGUUGAACGCAACAGAUAAAAUUUCUGAAGUUUUCGAAACGGAAAAAAAUUGUAUUGUCCUUAUCGAACCACGAAGCAAUAAUUGGAAAAACUUAUGGAUUGAAUUGCGUGGAUCGGAAGAAAAAUUGAAUUGGAUUAAUUUCCGUCGUCGCAUGCUCUUUGAUCAGUAUAACAGAAAUUUCGAAGUUGGAUCUUAUGAAGAUUUGACAGCACGAAUUAGCAUCCUCAAUAUUAAAUCCGAUACACUUCACGAUUCUGUCGUCUCACCUUGUCGAACGAAAGAUACAAAUAAAGUUAACACGAAAGGUAACACGCUUAUCACACAUCCAGUAGGGAUGGAAAAUGAUGAAACUGAUGUUGCGUACAAUGAUAUUCGCUUUGGGCGUUCUAAUAUCAGUAUUGAUAAUCAUAACGUAAAAGAUAUUACCUCCGAUUUUUUCUCGGUAAAUGGAGAAAUUUCUUAUGGAAUUCCCGAGAAUACCCAUGACAUUAUCGACCAGAUAUACAACUUACUCGUUGAAAAGAAAAGUGGAAUUGAUGAUAUACUAGAAUCGCAACCAGUAUAUUUUAUAGGUCCCAGCUUUCAUGAGUUUAAUAAUUUCCCCUCUAUUACCUGUUGGGUAACUGAGCCUUUGUGUCUACCAGUUUUAGAACAACUCGAAAAAUUAUUUGACGGGAAAUUUAGGGUUGUUAGUCAAAUGAUGGAAACGACUGAUGGAGGAUCAAGUAACAAUACAACUUCAGGAGGGUCAAGUGGAGACUCCGCAAAUAAUAAAGAAACACCAGAAAACAAAGAUUUUGAGGGAAAGGAUGACAAAGACGAUGAAGAAAAAAAUGGCGACUCCCACAGCGGUGGCGAUGACAACCACGAGAAAUACGAGUCCAAUACUCGUAGUAGAAAUAGCAGCACAAUAAAUAUAUCUUCCAUUUCAUUUGCUGAUUACGUCACUAAUCAGCAGGUUUUUACGAUCAAUGUUAAAUUCUAUGCGAAAAUUAUUCGUGAUGAGGAAAGUGGUGGAAAGCUUUUAAUAGUCCACACUGAUGUAACCGAAUGUAGGACAAGUGAAUUACUUAGUCGGAAUUGUGUCCAACUCUCCCAACUAGGCUAUGGAUAUUCUCUUGAAACGGUUAAAAUUGGCAUCUCUCCAAUUACCAAUGCGAUUGGAAACAGAGAAGAGCUAUGUGUACGAAAAGAUUAUAAUCCGAAAGAAAAAUACAUAUCAGUUGAUACUUCAACAGGCGUUGAGAAUCUAGGUGGUCUAGAGGUUGGGACUGCAGUAAAGUUAGGAUUCCAAGGGAAAAAUUCUAAUAUUACCAAAGUUACAUCGGAUGAGAUGCAAUUGCGCACUUGGGGCGGUCACAUUUCUGGCGAUCAUUGGGGCUAUGAAAAAAAGUCUAAUAAUGCAAUUCUUUCAUUUGAGCCCGGACUUCACAGUUGCGAAUGGUAUUUAAUGGAAAAAAUGCAUGGAUUUUGUGUUAAAAUUACUCAAGUUUUAUGCUUCAAGUUUAAUGACAAAGGAUGGGCAUACUUAUUAAAACCUAAAUUAGUGAAGUGUCCUAUGAUAUCGCAUACACUUGAAAUUAAAUUCAAUGAUCUCGAAGGUUUUAACGAGAAGUUUGCGAGACUUAAAUAUUUCCAUAAAGGGGCCGAGGAACUAAUAUUCGAUGUCGAAAAAAAUAAAAUGCCAAAUCCGACUACCCAACUGAUUCUGUCAUUGAUAUUGAGCGCUAUUUCGUUGAUGAGAAUCAAAGGAACUAACUUCUGUACGAUAUCCUAUCCACCUAGGCGAAGCCUACGAAGCAGAGUAGAUUUGUGUUAA